AUGGCGGGCUCGGUGACCAGCCCACCCAGCGGCACGCCCAGCCCCGCACCUGGUGGCAGCCGACUCGAGCCACCGACCCCCGACGAUCCACGUUCGCCCGUCAGUGGCAGUAAUGAUAACAAGGCCAUGCGGCCUCGCUCGCAGAGUGACCCGGCCGAGCAUGACAAGAAGCCUGUGCUGGCCACGCCACCUUCUGGUCAGAACUCAAAAGAUGGCAACAAGCUUCUCUCCCGGCGCUAUACCUCGAGCACGGAUGAAUUUCGCUCCCCGCGCCGCCUUCAUGAUGAAAGCGAUCUUGCUGAUGAGCGCCCGCUGCAUCACGUGACACUGAUGGUCAUCGCUAUGGAGAAGAAGGUUAUGGCCAAGCCAAUGCAGCGCCUCAUUCUGUUGUCUUUGUCCGCUUCGCUCGGUGGUCGAUUUGUGUCAACGUGCUGCCAUAGAUAUCCGCUGAGCAAGGUGCAAGACUACGUCAAAUUGCGCUCACCCUUUCUCCUCAAUGAUCUGGCCACACAGCAUCUCCUGCUAGACCGCCAGUCUGUCUACGAGAUUUUGGAGGAGAAUGGAAUUCCCUCGCCUCCACACAUGGUGCUGCGACGCAGCGCUGGUGACGUGGUCGUCGAGCGGGAGGAUGCCAUUGAGAUCAAUGGCAAGGUCAUGCCCAAGCCGUUUGUGAUGAAGCCACUUGAUGCCGAGAAUCACAACAUCUAUGUCUACUUUUCACAGCAUGAUGGUGGCGGGGCGCAACACUUGUUUCGCAAGAAAAAAGAUAAGGCCUCGGCCUUUUUGCCCGACUGUAACACGAUUCCGGAAGAGGGGGAUUUUAUUUUUGAGCAAUUUCUGCCCACGGGGGGCACCGAUAUCAAAGUUUACACUGUUGGCCCCAACUACGCGCACGCGGAGGGUCGUAAGGCCCCCGUCGUCGAUGGCAAGGUUCUUCGGGAUGCCAACGGCAAGGAAGUGCGUUGCCCGAUCCUCCUGACGACUUUUGAAAAGGACAUUGCGCGCCGCGUCACGCAGGCUUUCAAGCAAAAUGUCUGCGGCUUUGAUCUGCUGCGCACCUCCGACAACAAGUCCUUUGUGUGCGACGUCAAUGGCUGGUCGUUUGUCAAGCGAUCCCCGCACUACUAUGUAGACUGCGCUCGCAUUUUGCGUGAAAUGAUUCUGUCCGCAAUCAGCCCUCUACUCCUCAACAAGAGCUACCCUGUGCCGUCGGUGGAUUACACUUCGGAUUCUACAGAUUUGCUUGCUUUGCAAUCUCCCCAACAACCGUUGCGCCGUGAUGCACCCGAACUGCGGUGUGUCAUCGCCGUCAUCCGUCAUAGCGAUCGCACGCCCAAGGAGAAGCUCAAAAUGAACGUGACACACGUGGAGCUGCUCGAGGUGUUCAAGCGCUGGUCCCCUGAAGGCAUGUCCGCGACCAAGGAAGUCAAGCUGAAGUCGCGCAAGCAUUUGCAGGACGUUCUUCGGCGCGUGCAGAACCUGCUGCGCUGGGACCAGCGCUUGUCGGACGAGGAGAAGAGCAACCUCAAACAAAUCGAGCACGUGUUGACACGCUGGCCCAUCAGCGGCAUCAACCGCAAGGUUCAGUUCAAGCCCACGUCUUACGUUCACACACGCACUGGCAAACCCAUCAUUAACAAGGCCCAACUCAUCGUCAAGUGGGGUGGCGAGGUCACACCCAUGGGCUUGGAUCAAGCGCAGAAAGCAGGAGUCCAGUUUCGUGAGACCAUGUAUCCAUCCAGUGAUCAGGACAAUGGUCUGCUGCGCCUGCACAGCACCUACCGCCACGACCUCAAGUUGUACAGCUCUGAUGAAGGUCGUGUGCAGAUGACUGCCGCGGCCUUUGCCAAGGGCCUGUUGCAACUUGAUGGAGAGAUCACUCCCAUCUUGGUGAGCCUGGUUCGCAAGGAUAACGCCGUCAACGCGUUGCUGGACGAUACCAAGCCCGCGCGCGCGCAGAUGGAUGAGGUUAAGAAAAAAGUUCACGGCACGCUGCUUGCCGAUCAGUCGUGGCCCGAAGUGGCGGCCAAGAUCGCACCGCUCAGUGCCAUGAGCUACUCACAGCGCAAAGCCUUGCGCAAGCUCGACAACCCACACAAAGCCAUGACACGACUCUACAACUUGGUGGUCGACUUUGUGACGAGUCUCGGGGACCGCAUCGAGCAAGAUCCAAAUGUCCGCGCCUAUCAGGGCGAGCCCUUGGUGCUGCUGCGUCGGCGAUGGGAGAAACUGCGCGAUGAAUUUUUUGACACAGCCAAGCAAAAAUUUGUGGUCUCCAAGAUUCCUGACAUCCACGACUCGAUCAAAUACCACCUGCAACACAACGCGCACUUUGGCAUUGACCAGAGUAGCGAAAUUUUGACGCUGUCACAGCAUUUGGCCAAUGUUGUUGUGCCACAAGAGUACGGCGUGACCAACGAGGAGAAGCUUGGCAUUGGUUAUGCCAUUGGUGAAGAUCUCAUGCGCAAGAUCGUGCACGAUUUGCGAGUUUCGGCAGGCCAGGACGCCCAGCACGAUGUCUUUCAGCAUGAAGUCUCGCACCGCCUCAACUCUGGAGACAGCUUUAUCAAAGUCCGCAGUCCCAAUCGUCACGUGCGCACUCGGCUGUACUUCACGUCAGAGUCCCACAUCCAUGCCUUGGUAAACGUGUUGCGAUGUGGCGACUACGGCCUCUUUAGUGCGGGGCCGACCCGCAAAUACAGCUAUUCCGACCUUGUUGAAGGUCAAAGCAAGGAUGAUCAAGCCGGUGCAACCGCCAAUGGAGAUGGUGAUGCUGAUCGUGAUGAAGAUUACCGCUCUCGCGCUGCCUCUGAUCUGGCUUCGAGAUGGCAGCCACGCCUGCAAGCCAACACGGAUGUGCCGCUCGUCUCCUCUCCAGAGGCUUGGCUGAGUGCCAAGGCUUAUAUUUGCAAGCUUGAGGAGUUGGGCUACCUCACGCACAUUGUGUGCCGGCUUUUUGAAAGACACGACAUGGAUGGCUCGGAUCCCGCUCGUUUUUUUGUGGAAUGGGCGCUGAGUCCAGGUUUGCGCAGCGUCGAAGAUAGCGAGGCAAGUGCAGCCACCAAUCAUGAUGUCGAAUUGGCACCAUUGCGAAUUUUGCAUACGGGCAUGACGUUGGAGCAGGUGGAGCGCUUCUUCCAGAGUCUGCCAUCUCGGGUGACGACGCCUACUGUGAGCGAAUCAGCGUAA